UGCUGCUUAAGAUAAACAGAUUGAUUUGGAACACAUGGAAUAGACAAAUGAUAUCCAUUCAACCAAUAAAUAGGUAAUAAAUUGGAGAAUUUCACGCAUGUUGCCAAGAAAGCCAAAGACCCACUCACGACUACAUUGUCGCAAACCGGAAGUUAAAUUUGUGCUUCGUCAUUGGGCAUCCUGCAAGCAUUAACAAUGGCAACCUCAUCAGAAGAAGUCCUACUUAUAGUUCAUCAUGUACGUCACAAAAAAUCAGAGGGAGUUCUUUACAUGAUGGGAGAGAGAAUGGCCUGGAUGCUUAAAAGCAAGGACUCGUUUUCAGUCAGUCACAGCUAUGCUGAUAUCAAGAUGCAAAAGAUAUCUCCGGACACAAAGGAGAAAGUGCAACUUCAGAUCUCACUACAUGACGGUGGGGCCAAUACAUUCCAAUUCACAAACCCCAAGGGGCGUCCUGAGAGUGUGUCAGACAGAGAAGGUGUCAAAGAACUGCUGCAGCAGCUGCUACCAAAGUUUAGGCGAAAGAUAAAUAGUGAAUUGGAGGAGAAAAAUAGGAUGCUCCAGGAGGAUGCAGAAUUAUUCCAGCUCUAUAAAGACUUGGUUGUGAGCCAGGUUAUUUCUGCCGAGGAAUUCUGGGCAAAUAGAGUCAAAAACAUGAAUAAACCUACCUCAGAACCAACCCCAGUUGGAAACAAAGCACCAUCAAAUCCAGUGGCGAGUACCUCCAAACAGGAUGUUGGUGUCUCGGCAUCUUUUUUGGCGGAGGUGAAACCACAAAGCGAUGGCUGCAAUGGCUUGAAAUAUAACAUCACAACAGAUAUCAUUGAGUCUAUCUUCAAAACAUACCCUGCAGUCCAGAGCAAGUACCAAGAACAUGUGCCACAUAAUAUGUCAGAAUCUGCCUUCUGGACCAAGUUCUUCCAGUCGCAUUAUUUCCACAGGGACAGAAUCAACAUUCACACAACAGAACUCUUUGCUGAGUGUGCCAAGAAAGAUGAAGAAGAUAUACAGAGUGCAAUAGGAGAGUGUUCAGCCGACCCCUUGGUAGACCUUACGCAUAUGUCAGACUCGACCCUUGAUGAGGACUAUGGAACUAAGAAUAAUGACACAAUGGACAAAGUGAACAAAGAAUCUGCCAACUUGUCAAUCAUACGUCGUUUCAACCAUCACUCAACAAGGAUAUUGCAGACAGGAGAUACAAGGGCUCCUAAAACUAUAGAUCAGGGCGUCAAUGAGAUUGAUAAGUCAAAGGUCACAAGUGGAACUUCACUAGAGCCACCUAUGAAAAAGGCAAGAUUACAAGAGAAGAUUGAAUACACUGAUCUUGAAGCUUCUAACUCGAGCCAGGGAAUAACGCUAAAUCUGACGCACCAAGACCGUUAUCUACACGGCCCUACACCUGCUAAUAAUGCCACCUUUAUGACUUCUUAUGAAGUGGAGGAAGCAAUCUCAAAUUUUAAAAAUGAUGUGAGAAAUCUGUCACCAGCUUUUUCAAAGGUCCUCAGUUCUAAUGCGGCUGUAUCAGCAAUAACAGAUCUCUCACCAGGUGGCAUUCUAAUGCAAAACACCAGCAAACAGAAACUACAGGAUUUGGUGUCGGUUGAGCUACAACAGGAAGUGAAGAACCUAUACUCUGCUCUGUGUGAACUUCUACGUCACUUCUGGUCUUGUUUUCCAACUACAACUCCACUUUUAGAAGAAAAGGUUGUAAAGAUGCGGGGAACUUUAGAAAGAUUUCAACAUGCUAAACUACAGCCUCUGAAAGACAAAGUAGUCCAAUACCACUGCCCAGUAGAUUUAACUCUGCAUUUAGACGAAUUGUUAUCAACUGCUUAUACAAAGUUUGAAUCAUGGCAUGCCCGGAGGAAAAAGUAAAAUCUUGACCUGGUAGGCUAAGUCUGGAAUACGGUCUGAGAUAUGGUUGCAACGAGUGGUCACAAUAGGUGAAGUUAUAUGCCUUUUACUGAACACUGGCUUGAUUCAGUUAGGUGUAUUUUGAAAUAGAAUUUGGGAGCAUUUUAAUGCAUAUAAUGGUUUUCAGCAAGGAUUGGCUCUUGAGAUCGAACUUCGAUAUUUUCCAACAAUGAAAACGUUGAAAUGUCGUUAUUUUCUGAAAUUAUAACCGACAGUAAAUUCAAAACAGUCCAAAAGAUUUGGACCAAUAUCUCGAUCAUUUCUCGUGAGUUUUGGAAUUUUUCGUU